AUGGAAGCUGAGACCCAGUUAUCUGUUCCGUUAGGUUUAGGGCUCUGGUCUAUUGCCGAAAUACCCAAAAUUCCUGAGAGCUACUCAGUUUGGCUUCGAUGUUUACGCGACAAGCUCGAACGAAACUUGGAGAAGAUGAAAGAAGUAUACCCGGGACCUCGUAACACAUACGGAGAUCGUUCCUUUCAGUAUCACAUCACCAAUGUUCAGCCUAGGAAGGGCACUCGAAUCCACUGGAUAUGGGAAAUUGACUGUGACCAUGAGAUCCUCCACGUUAAUUCUCGUCCUUUCUUCCGGCUUUCCAACGUCCCCCGCGACACGGCAUUUUUAUCCUCGAUUUCUUUGGACAACUACGGACAUCGCGCUUGCUCGGUCCAUACACCGCUUGAGCACCAGUACCUCUGGAAGCCCAAAGGAAUUGACCAGGCACCUCGUAACCGGAAUCCACUUUACGACCGACUUGUCAAACCCAACUCCAUCCAAAACGCACGAGCCUUAUUUGGACUUCCCGAGCGCAAGGGGACUUGUGAAAAGACGCGUCUCAGCCUAUACCAGACCCUCGUCGGUACGGCACUUCGGACGUGGACACUUGCCUAUGAAAUCCCCCAGCUUGGCAUGAGCCCAACGGCACCCACAGUGCCUCGCGACCUGCAGGAGUUUGGCAAGGCUCUGCUGGAACUGGCGUUGCGGCCAAUGUUGUUCGAAGAUGGACGGACGUCCGUUAGAGGAUGUAUAGCCUCUGAAGCCGGCUCAUGUUGGCUGCGAGACGAUACUUGUUUCCAGUUCUUCACGGGAUUGGAAAGCUGCUGGGAGGAUGCUGUGGUAUCCCUCGUCGAGGCCCUUCGUUCUCGGCCAUCGACGCCAUCUCCUGCGUAUGGUAUCGCUUUCUCCUUCAACCACAUUCUCAUUUUACGCAUGUCAUCGAAGGGGGGCGCGAUCUGUAUCUGUCAUACUCCCCCACUGCCAUUCCUACCGUCCUUCUUUGCAACCUCCCCGUCCACUCCCGGCAUAUCAGCGCUCAUGGAUCUCUCAUAUGUCCUCGAAAACGAUUUGAUCCCUGGCAAGUCGGUUGUGCCGCUUGCGCACUACCUUGCCACCGUUCCAACCGAACUUUGGUCUCGUAUUGCUAGUCACUUGACGAACCCAGCCGACCUCCGGCGACUGGGUGCUUUGACUUGCCAGGCGCGAUCUGCGGUUAACGGCCUAUUAAAGUACCCUCAUAUUGCUGGAUACCGGGUCACCCGCCCUCGCGCCGAUCCCGUGGAUACAUAUUGGGUCUCUCCUCGCUGGUGCCGCGCUUACGAGAAUGACUACCUCCCACAAGACGGGCUGAGGUCGCUGUAUUCUGGGCGAUUCGACGUAGAGUAUCACAAGGACAUUGAAGGGCUCGUGCUUGACAUUGGGCCGGGGGAUCCUCCCCUCCGUGUCAUACCUUCGAUGUGGUCGACUCGGUCAACUGUCCCCGGACAAUUGGAAGAGGCCCAAAUUGAUGUCAUUAAACCAGGCCCUUCUGCCAUGGCUUCUUCGAAUGUCCCGAGUUGGGGAAUCAAAUAUCGAGUUAUUCAAAAACUACCUUGCUAG